GGCGUCGAUCGGGGAUCGCACUGCAGGGUAAGCUAUGCAUUAUUGAACUUAGACGGAGUUACUUCAGGACUUACUCAGGUUAUUUCCGCGUCGUUAACUUUACCUGAGAGCCUCUCCUCCUCCCGAGUUCAUUUCCCUCAGUACCGCGUGUCUGAGCCGAGUGGAUGGGAAUUUGGACGACACGCUGCCUAUGUCCAAUAAUAUCAAACGGAAACGGGCUUAAUCAUUUACUUGGCCUCUUAACACGCGCGUAUGUAUUUAUUUAUUUGUCAGUCAGUGUUCCUGAGUCGUCGCAAGGGCCCUUUGCAUGUUGAGUACGAUGGAGCAUAAUACAAACACGCCUGCAAUCACCAGAAGCCUCUUGUGGCCAUUAAAAGUCAGUAGUUCAACUCAAGUUUUUUUUUUUUUUCUCUCAGAGAAACUGAGUGGUUCUCAAAGUCUGAAGUCCGCAUAUGCACUCACAUCAAGGGGCCCUUAUAAACAUCACUCCAACUGUCAAUAUUUCAUCCUUCGCCGUGUUCCUUGCAAGCCGCGAAAUAAACAGCCUCGCGCUGAAAAUGAACUAUGGACGAAUUAAUUUUACGCACAGGUGUUGUUACACGCGUAAAUGUUUUCGGGGUUGGGGGAUGGCACGGGUAGCUGAAGACCGCGUAAUAGAAAAUGUGCGUGGGCGCACAGAUGAUAGCGCUGCUUUGUAUUGUUGCCCUGGCUGCUGAUGCCCCGCCUCUGAUGGAAGCCUUAAACCUGGCACCAAGCUAAAACAAACGAAAGUCAGCUUCGAGCUCCCACUCAAACCAAUUAAGGCGGACUCCAGUGCACACUCAUACGUUUCCAUCCUGCUGCAGCGACGGUGAAACAACAGGAACAGAGGAGCUGGCCAAAAAAAAGAAGGAGAGAUUGCCUUGCCUUCUAAUUUCUCCCUUUCCAACACAGAACAAUGUCGAUGAGCCCUAAGCAUACGACUCCUUUUUCUGUAUCCGAUAUCUUAAGUCCUCUUGAAGAGAGCUACAAAAAAGUGAGUAUGGAGGGGAACAACUUGGGGGCUCCACUUGCCUCGUACAGACAACCCCAAGUCACGCAAGCGGCGAUGCAGCAGCACCACAUGGGCCACAAUGGAACAGUACCCGCUGCCUACCACAUGACUGCAGCUGGAGUUUCCCAGCUGUCACAUACAGCCAUGGGGGGCUACUGUAACGGGAAUUUGGGCAACAUGAGCGACCUGCCGGCCUAUCAAGACGGCAUGAGAGGCAGCACGACGGCCACCAGCUGGUACGGAACGAAUCCUGACCCACGCUUCUCUACAAUCUCUCGUUUCAUGGGUUCCUCGUCUGGUAUGAAUAUGGGCAGUAUGAGCACUCUGAGUUCCCUGGCGGAUGUUGGCAAAGGCAUGGGUCCGCUGACCAGCACACCUCGCCGGAAGAGACGAGUACUCUUCUCCCAGGCGCAGGUGUACGAGCUCGAGCGACGGUUCAAGCAGCAGAAGUACCUCUCCGCGCCGGAAAGGGAACAUCUGGCCAGCAUGAUUCACUUGACUCCGACUCAAGUUAAAAUUUGGUUUCAAAACCACCGAUAUAAAAUGAAAAGGCAGGCCAAGGACAAGGUGUCCCAGCAGCAAAUGCAACAAGACAAUGGCUCCUGUCAGCAGCAGCAGCAGUCUCCGCGGCGGGUGGCCGUGCCAGUGUUAGUGAAAGACGGAAAGCCAUGCCAAGGCAGCAGCCAUACACCCAACACUGGUGUACAAAGCCACCAUCACCAGGGGGGGAACGUCAUGAUUAUGUCCAAUAACAGUUCUUCAAUGGGCCAGCAUCAAAGUCAGCAGGUAGGCAACGCCGGCCAGUCCCCAGAUCUGGGUCAACAUGCUGCAAGCCCUCCAUCUCUCCAAACCCAGGUGUCCGGCCUGUCACACCUGAACUCUUCCGGCUCCGAGUAUGGAGCUGCCUUGCCCUGCUCCGCUCUGCUUUACGGCAGGACGUGGUGACACCGGAACAGACUAUAAUACAAUAACAAAACGACAGGUGGAUGCAGAUAAUCUGUAUACUCUGCUCAAAAAAAGACCAUGCGAACAGUGGUUGCGCUCUCCUUUCUGGAGGGAGAAGGCUGCAAGCAACACGAGGAUUGCCAAAUGUCAAAGGUAUCAAAUCUUUUAUUGUGAGGAUGAGCGCCAAAACAUCAUUAAGAAGAUGGAAUUAUUUAUAUACUACACUAGAUUUUAAAUGGAGACUGAUUGAAACACUAAAAUCACAAAUAUUCUGUCAUCCUGUUGGAUUUUUUUUUUGAAAAAAAAAAAAAAAAAAAAUGUCCCGUUCAACAAUGAAGACGAACGAACCCCUCACACUAAACUGAUUUCUUAUAGAUUUCAUUGUAAAACGUAGCUUGUAUAUUUCUGUAAAAGGUUUGGACUGAUUACAUAGUUUUUAGCGAUAUGUAUAUUGUACAAAAUUUUUAUCGAUAUUAAGGGUCACAUGUUUUUUUUUUUCAGUUCCUUUGUUAUUUGUACGUUUAAUUUUCUUGUAACUUAUAUAGAUAUUUGACUUAAACGCAGUCAUACAAUCAUAUUAAUAAAUUAUGACAAUAACAAUAUCCUAACAAUACGUUUAUUUUAGAUUUUGGGUGUAAGAAUCUAUCACUCGGCGGUGGCCAACUGAACAUGAUUAAUACAAUUAAAACGAGUCAAACAAAGUCAACAAACUUCCACACAAUUAGCCUUUACAUUUGUAGGCUACAAGCUUUCUGAAUACUCAUUAGAAGGAUUUUUUGCUGCAGUCGCACAUUGUUUUCAAUCAACUAUUUCUACUGUUUGUAAUGGAUAUUCCUUCAGGAUUGGACGGGCCUCUUAUAGUAAAGUGUUCAUUCUGCAAAUAGUUCUGUAGUUUUCUGUGUGUCGCAACACUCAUGAAGUCACACCAUAAACAUUAUGUCAGAAGUUUAUUUUGCGUUUUAAAUGCUAACUUUUUUAAACAGUUGAAAAACCCGGAAUCCAUUUACGUGCAAAUUGACAAAGCAAAGCAAUAUUUUUAAAACGCUUACUAUAUAAAACUUGCGCAAUUUGAUUCAUAAUGGUAAAAGUUCGAUCCUAAGUUAAUUGUAAUUAGUUAAUAACCCAUUAAAUAAGUUGUAGCCUAUGCCUUUCCAAAGUAAACGAAGGUUUUGUAGAGAUUUCUUUUUGCAACUCUUUGUCGUUUAAAUAAUGAGUCAGUUCAGGUGAGGUCUCCACUCGUUGAGAGAAACUCACAUCAAACAAACGCUCCUAAAAGCUAACUUAUCAAUCACAUCGCUGUACAAACAACAGUAUUCUCCUAAAUAACUUUGCAAGACGAAAUAAACACACUUAUCAGAGCGCCGUCCAUCAAUACCGUGUUUGUGAAGAUCUGAGGUAAAAUCAAAUGCCCCCGUGUUUACGUAUUGAUAAAGACCGUAAACAUCAGAGGGCUGAGGGAAGAUUGACUGCGAGAAAAUUUGAAAGUGCGUGCCGAGAUGUCGCCUAGUCCACACAAGGAAAUAAUUGAAUCAAAUUUGACAUUUCUACUCGACAUUUUUACUACAAGUUUUGACCAAAAAUAGCCCAAAUAGCCUAAAUAGCCCACGAACGGAAUCGGUUGUAUACUGGCAUACAAAGGCCGCGGGUCCAUUAACGAAAUCAGUCAGACUUUCUUUCUUUCUUUCUUUCUUUCUUUCUUCUUUAAUACUAUCAUAAUUAUUUAUGUAAAAAAAAAAAAAACAUUCUGAGCUGGGCUUGAUUAUUUUCAAAUAACAUUUUGGACUUCUGUGGUUUAUAGACUAUAUGUGACCCUGGACCACAAGUCGCACGGGUUUAUCAAUAACCAACAGUACAUUGUAUAGGUCAAAAUGAUCGAUUUUUCUUUUAUGCCAAAAAUCAUUAGGAUAUUAAGUAAAGAUCAUGUUCCAUGAAGAUAUUUUGUAAAUUUCCUACCGUAAAUAUAUGUGUAUAUGCAUUGCUAAGGACUUCAUUUGGACAACUUUAAAGGCGAUUUUCUCAAUAUUUUGAUUUUUUUGCACCCUCAGAUUCCAGAUUUUCAAAUAGUUGUAUCUCGGCCAAAUAUUGUCCUGUCCUAACAAACCAUACAUCAAUGGAAAACUUAUUUAUAUGAUGUAUAAAUCUCAAUUUAAAAAAUUGACCCUUGUGACUGGUUUUGUGGUCCAGGGUCACAUAUAAUUAUCGAGUAUGUGAUGCAAAAACUUUUCAACUACAUUUCAAUUAUAAAAUUCACUAGUUUCGACCAUGUUAUUGUCAUUUCAAAGAUUUUAAGAACCCCUUGAUUAAAUGUGUUUUCCCUCCAAAACUAAACGAUUGUUACCAUUGUCGCUUUUCUGAAUCAGUUCCACUAUGCUCUUGCCCUUAUAAUUGCACAACAUAUAUUCGCUAAAUUGGCCAAAAAUAUUUCCAGAAGAAGAUCUUUAGUGUUGUGAGGGAUAAGAAAUGUGUUCACUCAUUUUAAUAAGUUACAUCUUUUUGCUUGACAAACCAGAGUUGACUAACAUUGCUCUUUUAGCGUUUAUAACUCUCUGUUAUUUGUGGAAAUAUUGUAAUAAAUGGUGCACUGAUUGCCCUGAUAUUUUAUAGACUAUAUACGCUCCAACAGCGAUAGUAGCUGUAACUGUUGAUGCAACGUGUACACAAUAUAGGCCAUUAGGCCGAAUGGUCGGUGUGGCCCUUGUUGCUGAUGUUCACGCCUGGGUUUUAUAGCAUUUAUUCGCAAAUAAAACCCUCUGCAUGUAGUAAACCUUCAACUGAUGAAGGUAUUUAUGUGGAGCUCUCGCGCCAGUAAGCGGGCAGUGGGGCGCGCGUUUUAAUGACUCGCUGAUUGUAAUGGCGCUCUUCUUUUCUGUGAAGGGUCGUUAAAUCAACAGAUCAUUUUGUCGAUUAUGUCCGAAAUUAUACUUUCGAAGGCCUACAGAUGCUUCUUUUACUUGCACUGAUACUCAAUUAUGUGUAACCUCCACCUAAAACUCCAAGCAAUGUCUAUAAUUUGUAUAAAAAGACAAGAUCAAUGGGCGACUACUAUGAAUAUUAUGUUUUUUGCGAUCUAAAAAAAAAUCUAAAAAAUGUGUACUGUCCUAUCAUAAGAGUACACGUGUUUAAGAAUUUAAAUAUUCGUUCCUCAAAAGGCGUGUUAGUCAGUUUCUCGUGACAAGAGUUUAUUUGUUUAUUUGAAUUUACAAGGAGCGAAAUUAAAAUUUAAAAGUAUAGGCCUAUAUUACCACAGUAUUAGGCUACCUAUAUUUGUAGGCUACAUCACUGCAAUGUAAUAAACUUCAGUAGACGAAUGUUUGAGGAUCUUAACCAUACGUACUUUCAUCGCAAGUCUAGAUAAAUUGAUUAACCAAAUACAUGAAAUAAACGUUCAUUUUAUAGGCAAGUAAGAUUUUCUCUUUUAUCCGUUGUGCAAAUUCAAUCAUUUUCCACAGCAAUCCACCAGCGCCGAAAGAGUCUAUUAGGUUUUCGGGGAUUCGUUUUGUUAGAGCUCCUCUGAAAGACUCCAGAUUACAUUAACAUGUCUUAGGCUCGGUGUGUGGUCUUUGUGUGGAGCUUGUAGCUGUUGAAAAUGACUUGUUGGAAGCGUGUAUGCUCUCAUCACUUUCACUCAACACACGUUGCACAACUGCGGACUGUCCUCGAGGCUUUGGGUGCAAAGGUCCCAGUCACCUCUCUGCAAUUAGACCCCAAUCUCAGUGCAAUCAGGGUUUCCGAGGUCCGUUCCCUGUUUUAUUCUACACUGUAGUUCGGGGAAACUGGUUGAUCUGCAUUUAUAGUUUAUUUGCGGUGAACCCAACUCGAUAAAACUUUGUGAUUAUCUCGACAAAAAUAACCAUGCAUAUUUGGGAUUAAUCGUGUAUCUAAGAUGUUCAACAUAAAUAAAACUGGAUUUAAGAUUUCUAAAGAGCAGAAAUGUGACGUACAGCGUAAAUAUAAACGUCAAAUACGUGCCAAAUACGACAUACCAGUUAAUUUCACUAAAGCGAU